AUGGUGGCGAUUGUGAACGUGGUGGUUGUGCAGGCGAUGGUUGAGUUGACUUUAGGUUUGUGGUUUGCAGAUGGUGGUGGUCGCGAAGGUUCUUUCUUUCUCCAUCUCACUUUUCUCUUCAAAACACAGCCUUCGCUUCUUUGUGGUUUCUUUAAUCAAGCAGGUACCAUGAUUAAGUUGUUUAAAGUGAAGGAAAAGCAGAGAGAACUUGCUGAAAAUUCCAAUGGGAAGCCUCCAGGCAAGAAGCAAAGUGCUGGGGAGUUGCGUCUUCAUAAAGAUAUAAGCGAACUAAAUCUACCCAAAACAUGUAGCAUAUCAUUCCCUAAUGGUAAGGACGACCUCAUGAACUUCGAAGUUACCCUCCAGCCUGAAGAUGGAUAUUAUCUGGGUGGCACCUUUAUUUUUUCUUUCCAAAUUUCUCCCAUCUAUCCUCACGAGGCACCAAAGGUGAAAUGCAAGACGAAGGUGUACCAUCCGAACAUUGACUUGGAAGGAAAUGUCUGCCUUAACAUUCUUCGAGAAGACUGGAAGCCUGUGCUGAACAUAAACACAAUUAUUUAUGGCUUGUAUCACCUUUUCACGGAACCAAAUCACGAGGAUCCUCUCAAUCCCGAUGCAGCUGCUGUGUUGAGAGAGAACCCAAAAAUUACAUUUGAACUCUGUUACAAAUUUCAUAGGAAUCCAUGUGAUGUGACUGCAUUCUGUUUGUUAUUGUAA